GUCACGUGUCGUUUGAUUCAUCCAUUGAUAAAGAUUUAUCAUGGGAAAUUCCAGACCCCUUGCUUAGGGCUACCAAGAUAAAAACACUUUUUAUGCCGAAUGCUAAAUACAGACAGGAGAAAUCGGUUUUUGAAAGGGUUGUUUGUACUUUUAAGAGGUUACGCGUGUUGGAUAUGAGUAGCUCAGGGAUGCAUACAGUUCCAAGUGGCAUAAGUGAGCUAAGGCACUUAAGGUACCUUGAUCUUUCUUUUAACUAUCUAAGUUGUCUGCCAAAUUCCAUUACCAAGUUGCAAAAUUUGCAAACCCUAAAACUCACUUAUUCUAAUUUCAAAGAAUUGCCGAGAGAUGCUAGAAAUUUGGUGAGCCUUAGGCAUCUUGACCUUGAUAAUUGCAAUGAUUUGACUGAUAUGCCCCGUGGAUUUGGACAACUGACUUCUCUUCGAACAUUGACCCGGUUCAUCGUGGGUACAUGCAGCACUUUAAGUGAAUUAAAAGAUUUAAACAAUUUACGGGGACAGUUAGAGAUUGACUUUCAGUUAGAGAUUGGACUCCCAGAGGGGCAACCGCGGAGAACAUCGAAAGAAGCAGAGGAAGCGAACUUGAAGGGGAAAGAAUAUCUUCAAUCUUUGAUAUUAGGUUUUGGCUGUUACUCUGAUAAUAAGAAGGGGGGGUUAGAAGAGUUAUUGUUGGAAGGUCUCCGGCCACAUGAAACUCUGAAGAAGCUAUUUAUAAAAGGGUAUGGGGGUGUGAGAUUACCAACAUGGAUGUCCUUCCUCCGAAAUCUUGUUGAAAUGAAAUUAUAUUAUUGUAAUGGAUGCAAACAUCUUCCAAAAAUCGAGCAGCUUCCUUUUCUCCGAACUCUUCAUCUGGAAUCUUUAGAUUCCAUAGAGUACAUAGAUGACAACUACAGCUGUAGUACAAGUACUGGGGGUGGUAAUGAAGAUGAGGAGUCCUUAAUCUCUUCUUCUUUUCCAUCGUCAUCAUUGUCAACAACAACAUUCUUUCCAUCACUGAAAUAUCUCCAACUGGAGAAGAUGUAUAAUUUGAAGGGAUGGUGGAGGAGCAAAGUAGCAGCAGAAGAAGAUGAACAAGAACAAUCAACGGUAAACAUUAAUCAAGAAGAGCAGCAACUGUCACUACUACCAUCAUUUCCUUGUCUUGUUGAAUCACAGAUGAAAAGAUGCCCAAAGCUAGCAUCAAUGCCUCUGCAACCCGUUGUUGUAAAACUACAAUUCUGGCAAGUCAACGAGAAGGUAGUACGACAGCAGUUUUCACUCGUUACCUUUUCCAACUUAGAGGAUCUAAAAAUAUGUGACAUCGAGGAUCUAGUUAAUCUGCCGGAGGAGGCAUUCCAACAUCUCACUUCCCUACGGAAACUAAAGAUUUGUAAUUGUCACAGCCUAACCUCUCUGUCCAGAGGGAUGCGACAUCUCACCGCCCUCCACUCUCUGGAAUUCUACCACUUCCAAGAGCUUGACUUGUCAGAUGGUGAUGAUAAUGGCAUGCAUUUUCAAGGCCUUACAAACCUAACUUCUCUGCAUAUUCAAGGCAUCCCCAAGUUGGAGUCUCUUCCUGCUGGGCUUCAACACAUUGCCACUCUACAAUCUCUAUCCAUUUCAGAAUGUUACAAUCUGAAAAGUUUACCAGAGUGGAUAGGCAAUCACACAUCACUUCAACAUCUUUCCAUUUAUAUGUCCGACAAAUUGACAUCAUUGCCCGAAGGGAUGCGUCGUCUCACAGCAUUACAACAACUGAAAAUUGAAUUUUGUUCAACUGAGCUAUAUCAUAGAUGCCAAAAGGAAACGGGGGAAGAUUGGCCUAAGAUUGCUCACAUCCCAAACGUUGACAUAUAGAAGGUACCAUAGCACGAAGCAGUGACCUACUACCCCUGCAUUUUACAGAUUGGAGGAAGUUACCGGAUCGGUUUAAAGGGAGGAAAAGUUUAUCAUUCCAGAGUACGCUAAUUAAUGAGUACUGAAAUCAACUGGUAGGAAGUGGAGGAACUUUAAGUCUAACUUGAAGAAGAAGCAUUACAAGACACGUGGCUAAUGAGGAGCGACUGGCAGAUCGUGAUGAUCGAGUCCAGCCAGAGCAGUGGUAUUACCUACUUCGAUUUUGGAACUCAAACAAAGGACAGGUAUGUAAGGUGAACUGAAAUUUAUUAAAUUAAACUUAUAAUCUUUAAUAUUGUUUUAGUGUCCUUAGUUUGCUUUACACCGAAUUUUAUCUCCUUUUUAUGGCUGUUGGAGUGAUAGCAAAGUAAGCACGCUUUAGGGCAUCCCCUUUUCCUCUUUUAAUCUUUAUUCCUGUUUCGUAAUGAGAAAUCUAGUGACUGUUCUAAAUAGCCAAAGAAAGACUGAGGAAUCAAGUUAAUCAAUUGUGAGAGGACAUUUUAUAGUACUUUUAGUGCACAUUAAAUGCUUAUUAAUUAGUCUGUUAAUCCCAAUAAUGUUUACACUGCUAGACCUCCCAAUGGAUGCACCAGUUUAUAUAGUCUCACUAAUUUAUCACCCUUGCUCUCAUCAUAUCAGAUUUACAUACAUCCUCAAGUUAUAGGAUUAGCUAUAGCAUUCUGAUGAUCAACUUGAUCAUGUGCCUAUCAAGAAAGGUUAGUAUAUUCUGUCCAUUAAUUCUCAGUGUACGUCCAUACAUUUGAUGAUUCCAUUAGUCAUUUGUUUGAAAAACUGAUCAAGAAAUUCUUGAUAAUCUCUAAAGCGCAAGUAUAAUGGGAGAUCAUUAAAAUAAAAGCAAAUAAUGAUGAUUCUUGGGGAUAACAGGCUGAUGUUUAUGGUCAGUAUUAUUUUUAUGUUCUCUGUUUAUAGUAGAGUAAAUGUUUGAUGGUUCUCUUAUCUUUCUUUCAGCAAUGCUUUAAUAUGUUUUUCUUGUUUUUAGGAGCAUAGCAUUAUUAAUACUGCCAAUCGUUCUAAGGAAAAAAAUACCCACAUAGCAGGGUCAAAAUGAUUUGCAUGAAUACACGAGGAGGAGGUAAGCUAUUUUGUUCAUUAUGCUUAUGUGAUAAUAUUUUGGAAGUCUGAGUUCCAAAUAAAUUUUCUGGACUUUAGUGUUAUUUUCUAUCCAAGGCCAGCGUAAGAAGAGGCCUAAUGGACACGAACCAACCUAGGCAGAUGUGUAUAUACUGACUCACACACGGAAAAAUAGACGACCAAUGAAUGAAGCAUCUGCAUAAAUUAUUGGCAUGAGUGAAGUUUUUUUUGUCAAGUCUCAAAAAGACCGAUGUCAUAGUAGCCCGAGGAAUUAUUUUGAGAAAGCCCUGCGUACAAAAGUAAGGGACAUUGAAUUUGGACCUCAUAAUUGGGAAGCAAGUGUUACCAUGCCAAUCUUGCGUGAAGAACCGUUACGUCUAGCCUUUCUACGCGAUUCAAAACUAUUGGAGAUACAGCUGGGGCUAGUGUUUCUCGGCCUUCUGCUUAUGUUGGACGGGAAGAAUGAUAAUAAUUGAAAGAUAUCGAGAAUGUUAUGACAUGGGGUCUCUCUUUUUUUUACGAUUUGAUGCAAAUUCUCAAGAUUUGAGCCAUUAUAAAAAAUCUUCUUUUUGUUUUUUUUUGGGCCUGUUUUUGAGACAGCUACACUAUAUCAAAUUUCAUUAUUGCACUGUAAUUCAUUUUUUUUUUUUUUUUUGGUGUUACUUUGAUUUGAUUGGGUUUAUCUUGAUGGUAAUUUUUGUUUAUGAA